CAUGCACAGGGAAGAGCGACUCUGGGAGGGAGAGGAGACUCAGGACUGACCCAAGAUGCCUUCGACUCCACAGCAGUCCUCCGGGCACAUGGAGGGGACCCCUACGUCGGAGGCAGCCUCACUGCCCCCAUUGCCCUGCGGGCCCUGUCUCCCCAUCAUGCUGGGCCUGGCCUCCCUCGCCGCCCUCUUCAUCCUAACCACAGCUGUGCUGGCCGAACGCCUGUUCCGCCGCUCUCUCCGCCCAGACCCCAGCCACCGUGCACCUGCCCUGGUCUGGCGCCCUGGAGGAGAACUGUGGAUUGAGCCCAUGGGCACCCCCCGAGAGCGCUCUGAGGAUUGGUAUGGCUCUGCGGUCCCCCUGUUGAUGGACCGGGCCCCAGGCCCUCCCACCCCCGGAGGCACCUUGGAGGCCCGAGCAACUGCCCCACCUGCCCCCUCAACUCUGCACUCUGCUCCCAGCUCCUUGGGUCCCCAGACCCCACCUGAGUUCCCAGCCCGCAGCACCUUCUGGGGACCCCAGGAGGGAAUGCCCCCCGCUGUGGGCCAAGUGAGCUGGGCUGAGCCUGAGCAGAGGCCAGAGACCAGCAUGCAGUUUGGGAGCCCCCAGGUUCAGAGGCAGCGACCAGGGAGCCCUGUUCCCGAGUGGGGCCUCCAGCCUCGGGUCACUCUGGAGCAGAUCUCAGCUUUCUGGAGACGUGAAAGCCGGACCAGUGUGGGCUUCUGA